AUGCCCGAAUUCGAAUUCGUGAACGUGGCUCGUCCCGGCGACGUAAAACGCCACUCUACCAAAAUCCGCCGCCAUGUCAUGAAAGAUAUCGGCAAGGCCCGCCGGAAACCGCGGGCAAAGACGCGAGGAGAAGUGGUGGUAAUUGGAGAGAAUAGCUCUCCCGCCGGUAAAGACGGGGAUACGUCACAGAGGGGCAGCUCAUCUACAACCUCUUUAGUUCUCCCAGAUCCAAGGGGGGAUAGCAUAUUACAGACGUUACCGUAUCCGAUCGAUAUGAAUGAGGAACGGCUAAGUCUAAUCCGAUAUGUUGUCGACGAGGCGAAAUCCCAUUAUAGACCGUUCCGGUUUACAUGGUUGACGAUGGGAUUGUCGGACACGGCCGCUUGGCAUAUUACGCUUGCGAAUGCCGCCUCGUAUCGCCAAGCCAGCCAGUUGCCGCCGGGGUCGACAGCGGAAUAUAGCUGCAGCGUCGAGGCCAUGAAGUGGUAUACGCUAUCGCUGGCGUCUAUUACUAAGAGGCUUGCGGAUCCUAAUGAGAAAGACACAGAAGGGCUUAUAGUUGCUAUUACGGGAUUCGUCUGCCACGACGCUACAAUAGGUAACUUCGAUCGUUUCCGUAUUCAUAUGGAAGGCCUUCAGCGUAUCAUUAAUAAGAAAGGCGGGCUGGAUGCGUUAAAUAGCCCAUUCCUGCGAUUGAUGAUAUCCUGGCUCGAUCUAAUCGGAGCAACAUAUUACAACAGCAAGCCUCGUUUUAGCAUCCCAGAAGGUUCCAUCCGAGAAAUCGACACGGGCAACGACUCCCAAUACCUACAGCAGCUGCUGAGCUCCUGGGACGCGGACUGUCCCACCCUAGGCGACAUCAUGAGCGCCAUGAAAGCCACAGCCGCGGUCGCCAGCUACAUCAACCACCGGCCCGCGGACGACGGGUUCUGGACCGACGACGUGGCCGUAGCGCGGCUGCUCGGCCCGGCCUUCCACGAGAUCCUAUCUCUCGACGGCCGCGCGCUGCCAACCAACACCUCGGACCCGAAUUACUCGGCGACCGCCGCGCGGGAAGCCUUCCGGCGGGCGGCGCUGGUGUUCCUCGCCGCGGUAAAGGCGAAGAUGGGCGCGGGCGCGUUCGAGAUGGACAGGCAUCUCGAUGCGUUCCGGCAGAUAUCGCAGCUGCCGCUGGUGGAUUGGGGCGUCGUGCCCGAGUUGAAUCUCUGGGCGCAUGUCGUCAGCGCUAUGCAGGAGGAGAGUCCCAGUCGGGCGUGGCAUAUCUUGACUAUAGUGGGGAUUAUGGAGACUAUGGGAUUGCGGACUGGCGGCCAGGCUGUGGACGUUGCGCGGGGGAUUAUUUGGGUGGAUGCGAUUGAUGGGGGGAAGUCGGAUUUGCUGUGUCGGGAGAUUGAUGGCUAUCUGGAAGCUAGUAUGGCGCGAGGGCUGGGGGGUGUGGGUGUGGGUGUGUCUUUGGAUCCCCGGCUUGAUGAUCUUUCUGGAGGUGUUGGGAGCUGA